AUAAACUCAUCAUCAACAAUAGCAUUACCUCGGCCUAUGGUCGAACAUCGCGUCUCGUCUGUCCGAAAGAAACACAACGAAUUUGAAUUCCUUGCGAAGCAAUCAUCUAAAAUCAAGGCUGUUGGAUUCGCGGCCGGAUUUGAUUUUGUUCGGCUUCCGUCAAACUCCUCGAGGUUUAUCGGUUGUUUUUCUCGUCUGCGAAAUGGGUCUUGUAAAAUUUUGUUUGCCGAGUCGAGUUUCUGGAGAAACGGAGAUCUGUUUCAGCGGUUGACUGGGGAGAGGUGGGUUUUGGUUUAGAUGAUUUCUGUGAGCAGCAGCGAUGCGAGGAAGGAUUUAGGGUUAGGGUUUGGUGGAAGAGCGGGAAAAAUGGAGGAGAACGAGGCUGAAGAUGGAGGAGCUCCCUCUUGCAGCAACGGUCGUUCUUCUGAUUCCCGAGAUGACCCCGACAUUGCUCUCUCUUAUAUUGAUGAUAAACUUGAAAACAUUUUGGGACACUUUCAGAAGGAUUUUGAAGGUGGAAUUUCAGUUGAGAAUCUGGGAGCAAAAUUUGGUGGCUAUGGUUCAUUCUUGCCUAUGUAUGAGCUUUCUCCUGUCCGGUCUCAUCCUAAGAGUCCACAGGAAGUCCAAAGCCACUUCAUUCUGAGGUCACCAAACAAUUCAAGGUUGAAGGAGUCUCGAUCUUAUUGCUCAGCUUCAAAACCUGCACGUCCAGUAUGUAUUUCCAGAUCCACUUCCAAAGCUCCGUCCUCAAAUGUUUUGGCCGAACUAAAAGAGUGUGUCAAUUCCAGUAACUUUGGGACUUCACCAGAGCAUAAAAACCUCAGAGUAUGUAUAAAAGUUGGUUCGAAUGACCUCACAUCACAGAAAAAUGUGUUGGCAUUUAGUGAACAAGGCGUCGACCCAUCAUCAUUGACCUUCUUGGAGAAAAGCCUCUCAGAAGGUGAUGAAGGCUUCCACGGUGGAGCAGAUAAUUCUCCAACUACAAUUCUCAUGGCAAUGAUUUCAUUCCCGUUGCAUACAGAUCUAUUGUUAUCGCCUCUCUCAGAUGAUCUCAUUCAACUGGGUGAGGAAAAAGGGAUUACGACAGAUGAUAGCAGAUAUUUUCAUAUUCCCAAGUUGGAUUCUGAAAUCUCACAUUUUCUUAUGGAUGUUCCUGAUUCACAAAAUUGUGACACUAUGCUUUCAACUGCAAAGAAAGAAAAGUUGACAGAGUCUGUAAAGGUUUUACCACUGCCAAGCUCAAGCAAGGCUGAUGGAAGUUGCAUUGGAUCUGAAACUGACAAAGAGACUGACAUGCAGUUGUGUGAGGAACUUGUUUUCAAAACUUUGAGGCUUCCACUGCUUUCCUGUCUAUCACCUAUGUACAUCCACCCAGAAAAAAAGAUUAGUAAGGUUUCAGAUGCUUGCGUGGAGGCUGUUGAGGGCACAACACAAGGAGUGAUCAGGACUGACUUAGAAGCAGCAUUGACGGGUUCAAAGCCUGGGUUGGAAGAGAGUGUAGUGGCCUUUUCUGCUCAAAGUGUUAAGGAAACUAAAAAUGGUAUUUUUCUAAACAGGAAAAGGAAGGACCUGAACUCGAAAGAAGGUGAAUUUCUGACAGUCAUAAGUGAAUCAAAGAGGAAGAAAGCUCCAAAUGCUGAAAACACACCCUCUUCCAUGGAUAAGGAAGGAAUUGGAGAAUCAGAAGACAGAUAUAGAAAAUUCUGUGGCGAUAUGGGGAAAUCAAAAGAAGAAAUCCAAAGUCGUCUAGUUGAUAAAGUUGUGAAGGGAAAACCUUCCAAACACAAUGUGUCUGACAAGAGUUUGCACUCAGAACCACAAUUACUGAUAUAUUCAAGUAAUGCUCCACCUUCUACAUUUAGAAGCAUAUCUGAUGUGGGUCUCACUAUUUCUGCUUCUACAAUGAUAGAAGACAACUGGGUCCUUUGUGAAAAGUGCCAGAAAUGGCGUCUUCUUCCAAAUGGCAUGAAUCCUGAUAGCUUUCCUGAAGAUUGGGACUGUAGCAUGCUCAGCUGGCUGCCUGGUAUGAAUUGUUGUACGAUUCAUCAAGAUUUAACUACAGAAGCGGUACUGAGAAUGCAUCGAGCUCCUUCUAUAGAAAUUCAGAAGGCAAUGAAUAGAAAUCCUGGCAGUACAAUUUUGGUGUGUAAUGGUGAAAUCCUUGAAAACCUCGGUAAGGAAAAGGAGAGGAAGAGCCUAAAGGAAAUUGCUAGCAGAAAAGAUAAAGAGAUGCAUAACAAUCUUCCUUUGGUAAGCGAACCAGAUUCUAAGCAUCUUACCAAGUCAAAUGACUCAAGCUUAGAUGGAAGCAAAAUUAAGCAGAAUGACACAUGGAGACUGUUGAAUCAGCUAUCUGGUGAAGGAGAAAUGAAGAUGGAAAGGGAUCUUGAUCGGGAACUCUGUGGAACUUCAAAGAAACCGAAAACUGGAGAAUCACGAUGUUUUGUUGUAGAUCAAUCUAGAUCUGAAAAAAUUCUGAAAGGUGUAGCUUCUGAUAAAACGGAGCUGACUCAAGCCUUUGUUACAGAAGAUGACUACUGA